GGAAGUCGGGGCCUGCCACCACCACCUCAUUUGGAUCUCCUCCCCCAGGACCUCCUGGCCCGUGCGCCCCCGAAGUGAGCCACCGGUCCCGGAUAGGCUCCUGAGAGUCACCGUGGCAGCACCGGGACCUGUUUAAACCAUGUUUAGGAGGAUUUUGCAGAGGACUCCUGGGAGAGUUGGCUCUCAAGGUUCUGAUUUAGAUUCAUCAGCAACUCCCAUAAAUGCAGUGGAUGUCAAUAAUGAAAGCUCUUCAGAGGGCUUCAUCUGUCCGCAGUGUAUGAAAUCUCUUGGCUCUGCUGACGAGCUUUUCAAACAUUACGAGGUAGUUCAUGAUGCUGGCAAUGAUUCAAGCCAUGGAGGAGAGGCUCAUCUCACUUUGAAGCGUGAUGACAUAACACUACUCAGACAAGAAGUCCAGGACCUACAGACUUCACUUAAGGAAGAAAAAUGGUACUCAGAAGAAUUAAAGAAAGAAUUAGAAAAAUAUCAAGGGCUGCAACAGCAAGAGGCUAAACCUGAUGGGCUGGUUGCACAUUCAUCAGCAGAAAUACAGUCUUUAGAACAACAAUUAGAAGAAGCCCAAACAGAAAAUUUUAAUAUUAAGCAAAUGAAAGACUUAUUCGAGCAGAAAGCAGCCCAACUUGCGACUGAAAUUGCAGAUGUUAAAUCAAAAUAUGAUGAGGAAAGGAGUCUUCGAGAAGCCGCUGAACAAAAAGUGACACAUCUGACAGAAGAGUUAGACAAAGGGACAGCUCUCAUUCAAGAUCUGAAGACUGAGCUGCUUCAGAGACCUGGCAUAGAAGAUGUUGCUGUGCUGAAGAAAGAACUAGUACAAGUUCAAACACUAAUGGAUAAUAUGACCUUGGAACGUGAGAGAGAAUCUGAAAAACUGAAAGAUGAAUGCAAGAAAUUACAAGCAGAAUACGCCAACUCAGAGACCACAAUAAACCAGCUAAGAAGUGAACUUGCCAAGGGCCCCCAAGAAGUUGCUGUGUAUGUUCAGGAACUACAGAAGCUGAAGGAUUCAGUUAAAGAAUUAACUCAAAAAAAUCAGAACUUGACAGAAAAAUUGCUCAAGAAAGAACUGGACCAUACCCAGUUAGAAGAGAAAUAUAAUGAAGAGUCUGUGAGUAAAAAGAAUUUACAAGCAUCGCUUCAUCAGAAAGACCUGGAUUGUCAACAGCUUCAGUCAAGGUUGUCUGCAUCUGAAGCUUCGUUGCAGAGAACACAGGCAGAACUGAGUGAAAAAGGAGAAGCUGCACAGAGGAUCAAAGAAGAACUAUCUGAAGUAGAGACCAAAUACCAGCACCUUAAAGCAGAGUUUAAACAGCUACAGCAGCAGAGAGAAGAAAAGGAACAGCAUGGGUUACAACUCCAAGGUGAAAUUAACCAAUUACACAGCAAACUUCUGGAGACAGAGCGCCAACUAGGGGAAGCACAUGGUAGGCUGAAGGAGCAGAGACAACUUUCCAGUGAAAAGCUGAAGGAUAAAGAACAGCAGGUGGCUGAUUUACAACUCAAACUUUCCCGUUUAGAAGAACAGUUAAAGGAAGAAGUAACAAAUUUCACAGAGUUGCAGCACCAGUUAGAUAAAACAAAGCAACAGCAUCAGGAACAGCAAGCUCUUCAGCAAAGCACUACAGCAAAACUCCGAGAAGCUCAGAAUGAUUUGGAACAAGUACUGCGCCAAAUUGGUGACAAAGAUCAAAAGAUUCAGAACCUUGAAGCCUUAUUACAGAAGAGUAAAGAGAAUGUUUCAUUACUAGAAAAGGAAAGAGAAGAUCUUUAUGCAAAAAUUCAGGCUGGUGAAGGAGAGACUGCUGUUCUUAAUCAGUUACAAGAAAAAAACCAUACAUUACAGGAGCAAGUUACUCAGUUAACAGAGAAGCUGAAGAAUCAGUCAGAAAGUCACAGACAAGCCCAGGAGGAUUUGCAUGACCAGGUACAAGAGCAAAAGGCACAUCUUCGAGCUGCCCAAGACCGUGUCCUCUCCUUGGAAACAAGUGUCAACGAAUUAAAUAGUCAAUUAAAUGAAAGCAAAGAGAAGGUCUCUCAGCUUGACAUACAGAUUAAGGCCAAAACUGAAUUAUUGCUGUCAGCAGAAGCAGCAAAAACUGCACAAAGAGCCGACCUUCAGAAUCAUUUGGAUACAGCUCAGAAUGCUUUACAAGACAAACAGCAGGAGUUAAAUAAGAUCACUGCCCAAUUGGAUCUGGUUACUACAAAGUUACAAGACAAACAAGAAUAUUGCAGUCAGCUGGAAAGUCAUCUGAAGGAAUAUAAAGAGAAACACCUCUCUUUAGAGCAGAAAACUGAAGAACUAGAAGAUCAGAUUAAGAAACUGGAGGCUGAUGCUCUUGAAGUUAAAACAAGCAAGGAGCAAACUUUUCAGACUCUGCAGCAACAGAGGCAGCUGAGUACAGAGUUAGAGCUGAGAGUAACAGAGCUAGGUAAACAGCUUGAAAUGGAGAAAGAAAGAACCUCCAGUACAAAAUUGGAUCUAGAGAAAAAAUCCGAGGCCCUUGAAAAUAUGAAACAAAGGUUUACUAAGCAAGAGGAAGAAAAAAUUUCUCUGAAACAAGAAAUUGAAAAUAUAAAUCAGGAUGCAAAGAUGCAACACCAAGAACUGAAUAGCAGAAUACACGCAGCAGAAGCAGAACUACAAGCAGCAAGCGCAGAGAAGGAAGCUCUGGUGACAGAGCUGUCUGCAACCAAGGAGAAAUUAUCAGAAGUCUCCAAUGCUUUGAAAAACUGCAAAGAUGAAUUUGAAAAGGACAACCAGAAAGGAAAAUCUACUAUAUUAGAUUUGCAAAAAACUUGCAAAGAAUUGAAGCAUCAGCUUCAAAUACAGACGGAUAGCACACGUAAGGAACAGAAUGAGCUGAAAAAGUCACUUGAAAAAGAGAAAGAGUUUAUUUUCAUUUGGACUUCUUUUCAGUUGAAACUAGAACUGACUUCAAUGCAAGAACAAGUUUUACAGACCCAGAACACUUUAAAACAAAAAGAAAAAGAACAACAACAACUUCAAGGGACUAUAAGUGAGCUGAAGCAAUCAACUGAAAAAAGGAAAAAGAAAAUUGAAGCACUCCAAGGAGAAGUUAAAAUUGCUAUUUCUCAGAAGAUGGAACUUGAGAAUAAACUGCAGCAGCAGUCCGCAGAGGCAGCCCAGGAACUGGCAGCAGAGAGAGAAAAAAUGUCACUGUUACAGAGCACCUAUGAAAAAAGUCAGGAAAAUCUGAAACAGCUUCAGUCUGAUUUCUAUGGAAAGGAGUCUGAACUUCUAGCCACAAGGCAAGACCUUAAGUCUGUAGAAGAGAAGCUUUCUCUAGCACAGGAGGACUUGAUUUCAAACAGGAAUCAAAUUGGAAAUCAAAAUAAAUUAAUCCAAGAGCUAAAAGCUGCCAAGGCUACGUUGGAGCAGGAUUCGGCAAAGAAGGAGCAGCAACUAAAGGAGCAGAGUAAAGCACUACAAGACAUUCAAAAAGAAAAGUCACUGAAAGAAAAAGAAUUAGCAAAUGAACAAUCUAAAUUGGCAGAGCUAGAAGAAAUUAAGGGUAGACAAGAAAAAGAAAUCACUAAAUUAACAGAAGAACUCAAGUCCCACAAACAGGAAAGCAUGAAGGAGUUAACAGAUCUCAAGGAUGCCAAACAACUUUUAAUUCAGCAGAAAUUGGAACUUCAGGGCAAAGUAGAUGCCCUGAAGACAACUCUGGAACAGGAGAAGAAAAACCAACAGGUGCUCAAGGAGCAGAUGAAAAAGGAAGAGGAAGAGAUGAAGAAAGAAUUUGUCGAAAAAGAAGCUAAAUUGAAUUCCGAAAUAAAAGAAAAAGAAAUGGGAAUGAAAAAGCAUGAAGAAAAUGAGGCGAAACUUAGCAUGCAGAUUACAGCUUUAAAUGAAAACUUGGGCACCGUGAAGAAAGAAUGGCAGUGUAGCCAACGGAGAGUGAGUGAGCUGGAGAAACAAACAGAUGACCUACGCGGUGAAAUCGCGGUGUUAGAAGCCACGGUUCAGAAUAAUCUAGAUGAAAGGAGAGCACUGCUGGAAAGAUGUCUUAAAGGCGAAGGUGAAAUAGAAAAGCUUCAAACCAAAGUACUAGAAUUGCAAAGAAAGCUGGACAAUACCACGGCAGCAGUGCAGGAGCUAGGCAGGGAAAACCAGUCUCUUCAGAUCAAACACACACAAGCGUUGAAUAGAAAGUGGGCUGAAGACAACGAAGUGCAAAACUGCAUGUCCUGUGGGAAAGGCUUUUCAGUCACAGUGAGGCGGCAUCAUUGCCGACAGUGUGGGAAUAUUUUCUGUGCUGAAUGUUCAGCCAAAAAUGCCUUAACCCCUUCCUCCAAGAAGCCUGUCCGUGUCUGUGAUGCAUGUUUCAACGACUUGCAAGGAUAGUGGAUUGUCACCACUUUCAGUAUAUUACACUAACAACAGAUUUCUAAUAAAUGUACUGAAUAGAAAUCUUGGACUGCUGUUUGGUUCGGACACUGGCUACAACACUAGACCAAAUUAGAAUUCGUAUAUUUUGCAAUGUUAUCAAGUAAAAGUCUUCUAUUUUUGUGAGACUUGGGUUCAUCUUUCUUUUUUUUUUUUUCAAUUAUCCCCUGGAACGGCUCCCAUGCCAACUUUAAAAUCAGCCAAUGAAAUGUAAAUAAACUUUGGAGAGAAAAUAGCGAUGUAUUUUUUUAAAUAUAAUUUCAUUGUUCAUAAAUGAGAAAUUCCGUAGCUUCUUUUCCUAGAUUUAAUGCACAGAAAUGUACAUGAAUGAUGGUAUCUUUAUUGUUGUUUUCUUGCACAAUACUUUAAUUAUAUUAAAUAUUAUAUUUGUGGAGUCAUGCACAAAACUCUUAGUGCUUCCUGGCUACCUGUUCCUCUUACAUGUAAGUUUCUAACUCAGUCAUGUUAUAAAUGCGCCACUCGAGUGUUCUGCGGAUAGUUUAUGUCAAAAUCGUAGCAUCAAUGAAUUAAAAACUUUAAAUGAUAUUGAUUAAAUUCUUGGGUAGAUUUUAUGAAAAACUCUGUGAAAUUAAUUUGCAUACCUUAUGGUUAUCCUGGCAUUAUAGUUUGAAGAUUAAAUGUCUUCUUAUAUUUUCCUAUACCAUUUCUGAGUUCCAACGUAUUUUCCAUUACAAAUACCACAAAAUUUCUUGUCCUUACCCUUAAUUGCAGGAUAACUAGAUACUGUGUAGCAGCCCUGUUCUUGUUUGCUUGGGAAUGAGGAGGUUUCCGAGGUCAGCCUUCCUAUCACUCCCUUCUAUCUCUGCAGCAUCUUUAGGAAAGCGAGUUUGCUUUUUUUUAAAUCAAACUUCCCCUGCCCUUAUGUUUAACUUGUCCCAGAAGAGCUCCUAAAGCUAGUAAUUGAUAUUGCUAUAACUGUGUCUAGGAAAACAAAAUAGGAGAUGAUAAGAAAACAUAAAAUACUAUGCUUUAUUUUUUCUUCUCACUUUUAAAAAUUAUGAAAUUGACUUAAGCUUAAAAUGGUUUUGGGUUGGAUUCCAUAUCAACUGGGAAAUGUUUUAUAAAUAAUGCUGUGAAAUCACCUUGAAGUUACAGCUGGAGAAUAGAUUAUCAUUCCUAAAAUUUACAUUUAGGAAUAUCAAAGUUGAAAUGAAUGAAAUAGAAUUGCUGAACCUUAACAAUAAUUCAGAAGUAUCAAACUUGAAGACUAAACAAUGAAAAUGAAUAUUAAUUUAUCAGCCUUAUUAAUUUGAAAAAUUAUAAAACAUCUGGAGAAGUCAUUAAUAUUUAUUAAUCUUCCUGGAAAAGAUAUAUAAAAUUAUACAUUGAUUCAGUGCAAUCACUUAAUAACAACAGCCAAAGAUGGGGGUUAAUAUUUCAUUUACAAUAAAUAUGUGCACUUUCAAAUAUCAUGCUGAAAUGAAGUUACAGUGUUUAUUCUUAUACAUAUUAUAUAAACAAAAAGAGAUUGCUACAUACUUAUUUCAUUAUUUCAGAAAGCAUUUAAGUAAGCCCUGUUGUCAAUACCUGUUGAUACCAAUUAAGUCCCAGGAUCUGGAUAAACAUAUAUCCUUGAGUAUGUAUCAAUGAGGAAAUACACUGGCUUUUAAUUAAAAAUCAUAGUUGGAUUAUAGAACCUGAGCUGUUUUAUGCUUUUUAUACUUAUAGGUCCCUUCAAAUAGUCUUAAUUCUGUACUUUUAUAUAUAAAUAAUUUAAUAAAUUUAUUAGAAAAUUGCAGAUAACUCCCAGCACCACUGUUUUGGAGAUAAAACUUAACGAAAAUUCUGAAUUGGAAAAAUCUGUUCUAUCCAUCUCCUAAUUGGAUGCACUACUCUACAUGCCUAUUAAUCCCCAUCCUCCAUUUUCACACACUCUUGAAAAUCGUGGACCCAACAAAUAAAGCCAUAUCUGCUUGAAUGACUUUAAUUUUUUCAUCCAAGUAAUCUCAAUCCAUAAGUUCUGAAUAAUUUAUAUAUCUUAGGCAACUAUACUGAUUAUUCAAAUCAAACCUAACAUCUUUGCUACUAACUUUCAUUCAGUUAAUAAAUUUUGGAAACUAAAAUUGAAUUCUCCCUCUGCCCCAUUUUAAAUAAGUUGUCCUUUUCUGAGUUACUCUUAGCUACAUGUGUUAGGUGUUUGUUGGUACUGUUCUUCUGUCAGUGAGUUUGAGCUGGCAUGUACGAAGUCACAGUUCUUGACUCCAAAACAUUUUGACAUCACAUGUUAGUACAGAAAAGUGACCUACACCGAGUCUUGCUGACUAGUCAUAGUAAGCUAACCCUACCGAAUUUUUUAAUAGAAAGAAGACAAAGCUGCUAAUAUAGGACGUGCUUAUUUUGAAGAAAAGAGAGAAACACAAAAACCUCAAUGAUGUAUACAAAUAACAUUUUGUUCAACUACCUCUUAAUGUGGGAUUAGCCAGUUUAAUAGUUUCCUUAGAGUAAUGUUGAAUAGUAACUGCCAAAUUUGUUAUUUUCCCAUCCCUCUUGAAAAGUCUUUGAUUGUUUUAUAUAGCUCCGAGAACUUCAAAGCCACUUUUUUAAACCUCGCAUUUGCAUAAAAAUGUUUAGCUUUUAAGUAGAGAGCAAAUUAUAAUCAUAUAUUUUGAUAUUCAUGACCUGUUUGACUAUAGUGGUUUUUUUUGCUUUUGUUUUUGUUUCUAAGAAUUGCACUUUGGCUACAAAAUCAUGGACGAUUUGAUCCAUAAGACUUAAAUGUGCCAUCAGUUUAGUAUUCCUGGACAUGAGCUUGAUGAAUAGUUCUGUAAUUACAAUGUGCCACACAUUAUCAUGUCUUAAUUGCCCUUUGCCUGAAUUUUAAUGAUCAAUUUGUUAUUGCAGAUGUGAAUAUUAUGCAUAAGCUUACUAAAUUCAUGUAAAAUUGUAUAAAAUAGAGUUGGAAAUCCUUAGGUCCUUUUUGUGUAGAAGUAUAGAAUUACUGUAACAUGAUACAGUUAUGUAUAUGAUGUCCUCUGCUUCCUUGAACUGGAUCAUAUAUUCAGAGCUUCUGUAUAUACUUUUGCAUGACUGUUUUCUCACUUGAUUUUUAGGUUCAUUAUUUGUAUUGUGCUUACUUCCUGUGAUCAUGUAGUUGUGCCUUAUAUUGUGAGAGUUUAGGUCAGUAAAUACUGUAAUUUCUAAACUCAGAGAUUGGACGGUUAUUGAUUAUAAAUGAAACUGAUAAAUUACAUGAUGAGUCUGUACAAAGAGCAAUGGAAGGAUCCUUACUGAAUUGUUGCUUUUGUCUUUUUAAUAUGUGAAAGAUAACAUUAAAAGAUUUUUCUUUCUAA